GUAAAUGUAUACAUGUUUCUUCUCUUUGACAAUGAUAAAAGUUCUUUUUGUUCUACAGUUAACUUUUUAGGAUAGAAUUCAACAUCCGUUUCUGCGCGAACUGUUGCGUAUACACGUACACUGAACAAAACUAAAGAGUAAUAAUUUAUCAGGCAUAAAAAAAUUUCCCAGUCUAAAAUACCGUAGUGAAAAAUAGUGAAAAACGUAAACCACAUCAUAGCAAAUUCAAAUUUGGAUAAGGUUAAAGAGAUCAUAAAAUCAUUUACAAACGUAUGACAUUUUGAAAUUAACUCUUCAAUUUAUCGAUUGUUUAUAUACAUAUAUAUUGAAUACAAUCGGUGACUCUAUGUAAUUGGUUGUUUAAAUAAGUGGAAAAGUAAAAAAAAAAAUAUGUCAGUUUUAAAUCAGAGUGGAGAAGAUGCAGUGGAAUGUCCUUUGUGCAUGGAACCAUUAGAAGUAGAUGAUCUAAAUUUUUUUCCAUGCACCUGUGGCUAUCAAAUAUGUCGGUUUUGCUGGCAUAGAAUUCGUACAGAUGAAAAUGGAUUAUGCCCUGCAUGUAGAAAGGCCUACUCUGAAAACCCCGCCGAUUUUAAGCCCCUUACGAAGGAAGAAAUAUCCAGGUUAAAAGCUGAAAAACGAUUAAAAGAUCAACAAAGAAAACAAAGAGUAACAGAAAAUCGUAAACAUCUUGCAAAUGUACGUGUAGUUCAAAAAAAUUUAGUCUUUGUGGUUGGUCUACCAAUGCGAUUAGCAGACGCGGAUGUAUUAAAAAGGCAUGAGUAUUUUGGAAAAUUCGGAAAAAUUCAUAAAGUCGUCAUAAAUCAAAGUACAUCUUAUGCGGGAUCUCAAGGACCUAGUGCAUCAGCAUAUGUCACUUAUCAGCGUCAAGAGGAUGCAUUACGUGCCAUUGAAGCUGUAAAUAAUAUUACUGUGGAUGGUCGAACAGUUAAAACAUCAUUAGGGACGACUAAAUAUUGUUCACAUUUUAUGCGUAAUCAAGCAUGUCCAAAAUCAGAUUGUAUGUAUUUGCACGAUUUAGGCGAUCAAGAAGCUUCAUUUACCAAAGAAGAAAUGCACCAGGGUAAACAUCAAGAGUAUGAACGUAAAUUAGUUCAAUCUCUUAAUGCCAACACCUCUGUGGGCUUAAAUAGAAAACCUACAAUAUCACCACCAGUAGGUAAUAGUUCAAUUCGAGAGAAUGGUACUACUAAUACAACAUCUACAACUAUUACAACUACUAUUUCUGUCACUACCACCACUAUUUCUCAAACAAAAGAAGCUUGGCCAUCGUUGCAGCUAUGUCCCAUAAAUAAUGGAACAAGUGAUAAAAAUACGUCAUCAUCAGUACCGGUCCCAACAUCACAAUCUUCUAAUGAUAACAGAAAUAUAAUAGAUCAUCAAACAAUAUCAACUGAAAAUAAUAAUAAAUCACAACACAGUAACAAUAAUAAAGGUGAGAGUGUAACAGCAAGUGGAUCAAAUACGCGCCGUGGAAAAAUUAAUAGUGAAAGUAAAGUUCAAGCAGCAAGAAAUAAACAUAAAAACAAUCAGAAUAAAGAAAAACAUUCGAGCACUCGUAAUAAUUCACGAACAGAAUCAACUUCGCGAUCUCACGGCACUCAGUUGAGUGAAAAAUCCCAGCAAAUAAAUGGACAAAAGCAAGUGACAAAUAUUAAAAAUGAUACAAUAGAUACUAGUGAUUUAAAAAAUAAUGAACAACCUUCUAAUGGUCGAUGUAAAAAUGAGUAUCAACAGAAUUAUAGUGGUCAUCAAAAAAUGCGGCAAAUUAGUGCAAAUACUAAAUUAAUUGAACAAUCAUUUCGUGAACUUAAACUUAAUAGUAUUAUACGCAAUGGGGAUCAAAGUCAAUCAGAAAAUGAAAGUGAGCCUCAAAGAGAAGGCAGCACACCAGUUAGUACAACUUCAAACAGUUCGUCUGAAGAUUUAAUUGCUAAUACUGCUGAAAGACUUGUUCCAAAUACUUUAAAAGAAAACAUAGAUCCUGAUAUUUUGAAUUCAUUACCAACUACUGAAACAAUUAUAAAUUCAAAUGCAAAUGAGCAAAUCAACUCUUCUUCCAAUCUAUAUAAUUCCAAUACAUCUCAAACACACAUUAGUCAUCGGUCAAUUUUUCAAACCGAUAAUAAUAGUUUCUUUAGUUCAAAUACAUUUCAAAAAAUAUCCAAUAUUAUGUCUUUACCAUCGAAUUUACAAAAUACUAAUGAUUGGACAACUACAUGCUUAACAUCAAUCCCAGAUUCUUUUCCAUCUGUACAUUCAAGUGAAGAUUGGCAAGCAGCUUUUGGUUUUCAUCCAGAAAUUAAUCAAACAAAUAAUCAAAUAACUUCAAGCUCUCCGUCUUCUCCCAGUAUACCAUUUCACACUGAUAAUUUUCUUGAUGAUGAUGAUGCUGACGAUGAUGACGAUGGUGAUGAUGAUGAUGAUGGCGAUAAUGAUAUUUAUUUAAAUCCCGAGUUUAAUUCUGUAUCUCCUAAAAAUCGGAAAAACUAUGAAUCUAAUUCACUAAUUAAUACAUCACCAGCUUCUAAGUUUAUGACAGACUUUCAACAACAUUCACGGCAGAGAUUUGUUUUACAAAAUCAAAAAGAACAUUGUGAAUAUAUUAAACAAAAUGGACAUAAUUCCGAUAAUUUAUUAAUGAAUCAAGAUUAUAAUACUGAAACUAAACCUGAUGAUGAUUUGGGAUUUGAUCCUUUCCAUGAAACUCAAAAAGCUUUGGCAGAACUUAUGGAGAAUGAAAUGCAAUUACAACAACAACGAUUAUUCCAACAACAGCAUCAAUCACAACAAAGGAACCGAGAAGAACAAAGCCGGUCACAACAAUUGCAACAACAAUAUUUUUCACCAUCGAAUUUUAAUUCACAACAUUUUACACAGACUGCUCAUUUAGUACAGCUCCAACAACAAGCCCAACAUUUUCAACAUCUUCAAGCUUUACAGCAAUCGCACAAUUUAGUAUCACGUCUUCCUCAAAAUAUUUUACAACAAACCAAUCUUCAAAAUGCCGUACAAUCGUCAAUGUCUGUUAUUGGAAAUUGUAUUGGACAAAGAAGUCGUUUACCACCACCAGGAUUUCCUAGUUCAACACCAAAUCACAUGAACUCAUUUGGAUUAGGAAUUCCUCGUGCUGCUCCCACUAAUAAUACUUUAGUGGGUACACAGCAAUCACAACAUACUUCUUAUCUUUCAAAUGGUAUAAACAAGUGUGCUACUGAUUCAGUAUAUAAUUUAAAAGAUUGGUGCGAGAUUACAGGACAACAACAAUUACAACAGCAGUCUCUGCAACCUUUUCAUCAUCAGCCAUUACAUCAAAAAGCUAACUGGAAUAAUUUUGGACCAAUUGCUGAUUGGACCUCUAUUGACCCUGCGAUUGUUAGUUCUUCACGACCUCUUCAAUUCUCUACAACAAAUACAUGGCAAUUUUCGCGAUUCCACCCUGCAGCACUUCUCAAUGGAUCACCCAAUACCCAACCGGAACAAAAUUCAUCGGUACAACAUUGGACGAUGCAACCACCACCAGGAUUUGGUCCAGUAUCCAGCUCUUCACUGAAUGGUUCGCAGUCCAAUACAUCCACACAAUCGCACACAAAACUUAUUUCUGCCGGGUCGGAAAUUGAGAACUGCUAAGAUUUACUUAUCAACAUCAUGCCAGCACUGAUACGUCGGAAAAGGACAGCAUUCAAGUAUUUCGCGAUUAUAAACAGAAUUACGAUUGUACAAAAAGCACAAUCAUAUAUGAUUAUUAUUAUCAUUAUUAUUAUUAUUAUUAUUAUAAUUAUAAUUUUCAAGUUAUAAUUAAAAAAUAAAUUUUAAAUAUGUGGCAUAUUUUCUAUUUAUGACAACUAGAAAUCUUAAUAAUUAUUUUACUCAACUUAACAGAUGAUACCGGCCAUGUUAAUGAUCAAACAUUUGUAGAUGAAAAAACCAAAAAAGUAUAUGUUAAAAUAAAUACAUUUUAUGGUAAUUUGAAAUGAAAUUGAAUGUCAAUAAAUACUAUAAUUAUCUAUUACAUUUUGGCCGGAAUUUUUCAACAAUUAUCAAUAAAAAGUAGCCAAUGUAAUGAGGAAUCGAAUUUUUUUUUCAGCUGAUAACAAUGAAGACUUACAGUAUAAUUGUUUACUAAUUUUUAGUAAUAUUAUUAAAAAAAUAACAAAGUAAAAAGUAUAUCUUAAUUUACUUUGGCCAAUUCAUGUUAAGUUUGAUCGAACAUAGAAAAUAAAUGUAGUUAAAUGAUGAACAUAAUAUAAUGGAUGAGGUUAAUUUCAACGGUUUAUAAUAAUAUAAAAUUAUCAUAAAAACUUUUAGUUUAAAUGA